ACCGCCGCCGCCGCCGCGCCGUGUCUGUGAAUCUGUGAUCCGCUCUCGAGUGCUCUGCGUGUUUCCGUCGAAACCGCGUGCUCGCCCUGACCCACCCUGAAACCCUGAAACCCUUUCAACCACCAGCUCCGCCCGGCCAGUACUCCCAGAUCCUGCGCGCGCGGUUCCGGUCGUUUUCGCUUGCGGGACUUGCGAGCUGCGUUUCCGGCGUGGAGCGGAAAUUGAGGGAGCCAGCGGACGAUGGAGGCUCGCCGAGUAGGGGUCCUCCGUCGGGGACGCAGCGCCUGAUGUGACAUCUCACGCCUUCCCCGCCUCCCACCUGCCCGCCCGCGCACCGCUCCGAGCAGUUCUUUCCAGAUCAAACGCCUCCGCUCACCUCCCAAACGGUGAUGGAGCUACUAGAAUUCAGCAAUUCUUGGUUACUGAAUUUAUGCAGAAGAAACGGUUUCAGAAUCUCAAAUUUUCUAGUUCUCAUAUGUCUCUGCCAUUUGAUAGAAUAUUCAGAGUCCUCGACCAGCCUAACGUUCAACGACAUCCUGCCCGAAGACCCCAAACUAUACGACAAAAUGCGGCCGCCGAAAAAGGACGGCAAUCCCACUAUAGUUUUUUUUCACGUCACAGUCAUGGGUCUCGACUCGAUUGACGAGAGCUCAAUGACCUACGCAGCAGAUAUCUUCUUUGCCCAAUCUUGGAAAGAUAACAGACUGAGACUGCCAGAGAAUAUGACCUCCGAGUACCGACUCCUCGAGGUCGACUGGCUCAAAAAUAUGUGGCGACCGGACUCGUUCUUCAAGAAUGCCAAGGCCGUCACUUUCCAGACCAUGACCAUACCCAACCACUAUGUCUGGCUCUACAAAGAUAAGACUAUCCUCUACAUGGUCAAAUUAACCCUCACGCUGUCGUGCGCCAUGAAUUUCAUGAUAUACCCGCACGACACUCAGGAAUGCAAACUCCAAAUGGAAAGUUUGUCCCAUACGACCGACGACAUGGUCUUCCAAUGGGACCCUGAAGUUCCUCUAGUGGUCGGUGAAGACAUCGAACUGCCACAGUUACAAUUAGUCAAAAAUAGGACUGCUGAUUGUACACAAGUCUAUUCAACAGGAAAUUUUACAUGUUUAGAAGUUGUAUUUGAAUUAAAAAGACGUCUAGGAUAUUAUUUGUUCCACACGUACAUUCCAACGUGUCUCAUCGUAAUCAUGUCGUGGAUUUCCUUUUGGAUCAAGCCUGAGGCGGCUCCGGCCAGGGUGACCCUCGGAGUGACUUCUUUGCUGACCCUCUCGACGCAACAUGCCAAGUCGCAGGCGUCACUGCCACCUGUGUCAUACCUGAAGGCAGUCGAUGCCUUCAUGUCAACCUGCACCGUGUUUGUGUUCAUGGCUCUCAUGGAAUAUUGUCUGGUGAAUAUCGUUCUUGGGGAUUCAGAUUUACCCCCAAAACCUCAGCCAGAGCCAGCAAAGCCGGACAAACUUUUUGAAUUAGCGGCAAAGGAGAACGCGCGAUUGCUGACGGGGCAACCGACGCCGCAGCAAAGGCCGAACCCUGCAGCCGCACUAGCUCAAAAACAGCGGACCAGGGCCAUCAACAUCGACCGCUUCUCCCGGGUCUUCUUCCCGCUCCUCUUCACCAUCCUCAACUGCACUUAUUGGUUCAUGUUCGCCGAGUUUUUGUAAAACCAGUCCAUCGAGCACCACCCUCAACCUAGGUUUAGCAAUAGGCUGUUAGUGCUUCGCUAUUGCUUCGGUAGCACCGUCGUUCUCCAGUUUCCCUCCCCUCAGUCCACUUCCCGAGUUCGUCGUUCCCCUCACGAAAGAACCUAACUACAUUUCAAUGUUGCAACAUUUCCCCUGCGGACCGAUUAUUGAAAUUGAUAGACAAAGCUGUAGACAAAGAAGACCAAAGCACUUGAUUUUCACCGCAAUUAUGCAGAUUAAAUCGCGAUUUCACCGGCUUUCCAUCUGAAAACACCGUUUUGGGAGCCUUCCCAUCUUCACACGUGACCGAUUGCAAUCCACACGGUCGCGUGGGUCGAGAAGUUUGAAAUUGGUAGACAAAGCUAUAGACAAAGAAGAAAAAAUAUAUAUUCAGGUAUAUAUCCUGUUGGUGGAAGUGGGUGGUUGCAAUGGACAGACGAAAGAGGUAAUAGACUAACUAUCUGCAACCCACGAGAGACCCGAUAGUUAGUCCAUCAUUUUCUCCCCUAGUUUAUAGGAACCACCCAUUUCAACCAAUAGGAAUGCUCCAUACUCACUAUGACUUUUUUGUCUGUCGUUUUGUCUAUCCAUUUCAAUAUUCAGUCCGCUGACGAAUCGCAUUUUUACCAGAGGGAACAAUCGGCAUUUCUAAACUGAGAUGUUAUUCAUUUUUCUUCUGAUCAUUACAAAAAUUGAAGAAAAAUUUGGACAAAAGUUGCACAGGUACACUUGCGUAAGAAAUGAAUUUUUUCGAGUCGACUUUGCAACCUUGGUAUGGAGUUACGUUCCUCCGUCCAG